CGUAACUUCACGUGAUUGAUGCGUAACAGAAAUUCAAUUGACGUUUUGUCUCUCCAAACAUGAACCGCCCCUUUCACUCUCCAGACCACCAUGACCGACGAUGACAGUACUCAGGCAAUACCUGCUAAGAAGAGGAGAUUGGCUGGCGCAUGCGACAGGUGUCGUAGAAAGAAAAAAUGCGAUAGCGCUACCGCUCCAGGAAAUCGUUGUUCAAACUGUGUUGCGUUCGAAGCAGACUGCACACAUACGGAUUUAAUCAAGAAACGCGGGCCAAAGCCAUUCCAUACCCAAGAACCUUUUCCUGUCGCUUCAUACACAGAGAGACAAGAUUCUGACACGAGCCAUGUACAGAACUUGGAACGGCGCGUGAAACAGCUGGAAACUAUGCUAAAAGAGCUUAAUCCGGACAUCGUUCUACCGGAAGGGGUGGCGUUACGAGAGAUCUCGCCUGAUUACAUGCCAAUAUACUCGCAAUCAAGUACAUCUCGGCAACCCAGCGAAUCAUCUGAAGUAGCCGAGCCCGAAGAGGACUUCUCGCAUCCAGAUCUCCUGGAAAAUAUGAAAAAUUUGUCUCUUCAUCAUGGCAACCACUUCGGCCAGAGGUAUUUUGGACCAUCAAGUACCUUUUCGCUGCUUACCAGCGCCCUAUCUAUUAAAAAGAAGUUCACCGGCAGCGAUAAUAUGAUGCAGUUACGGGAUCACUUCAAUUUGCAACCUUGGGAGCGAGCAACAGCUGAUGCCGAAACUCCUCAUUAUGUAUAUCCUGACAGUGACCUCAUCCAGAGCCUCGUUGCCAUUUUUUUCGAAACAAUCAACCCCAUUAUUCCUAUUCUGCACCGGCCUACAUUCGAAAAGCACGUUGAAGAAGGGCUGCAUUUGCGAGACUAUAAUUUCGGUGCUGCGUUACUUCUUGUCUUGGCAGUUGCUUCGCGAUAUUCUGAUGACCCGCGUGUAUUGGCAAGUCCCAGCUCCAGACUUUCUUCUGGAUGGAGAUUCUUCGAACAGGUCCGCAUCUUCAAAAAUGCGAUAUAUACUCCUGCCUCCCUGUAUGAACUCCAGUUCGCUGCUCUCGGGGCCAUAUACGCGAUUGGAACUUCUGUUCCUCAGUUCAGCUGGACAAUGAUUGGGAUUGGGUUACGUUCUGCAAUAGAAAUAGGGCUACAUAGACGGAAGCCUGAAGGUCACAAGUUAACAGUCGACGACGAACUCAAAAAGCGAUCCUUUUGGGCACUAGUCGUAUUCGAUAGACUCACGAGUCUAUAUAUUGGACGGCCCACGCUGGUACAAGAAGAGGACUUCGACCUAGAGCCGCCAAUCGAAUGUGACGACGAAUAUUGGGACAUAGCUCCAGAUGGCCAAGUACAUUUCAAUCAACCGACAGACAAGCCGUCAAUAGUUAGCUAUUUCAACGCUUCGAUAAAAUUAAGUGAAAUAAUGUCCUUUGCCGUGAGGACGUUAUAUUCCAUCAAGAAAGGUCGGGACGUGUUGGGCCUAAGAGGCGAAGGAUGGGAGCAGCGAUUGGUUGCUGAUAUAGAUUCAUCCAUGAAUGCGUGGGCGGACUCGAUCCCUGAUCAUUUACGCUGGGAUCCCAAACGCAAGCAUGGAAUAUUCUUGUAUCAAUCCGCGGCUUUGUAUAGCAUCUACUAUAUGGCCCAGAUUCUCAUACAUCGACCCUUUCUACAUACAGACUCGCCAUUAUCUAUACCUUCCCUCGCUAUCUGUACGAGUGCCGCCAGAUCUUGUACUCGAAUCCUCGAGGUUCACAUGACUAGAAUGAAGACCGUCACUCCUCACAUAAUUAUGGGCGCCUUUACUUCUGGCGCCGUGUUCGCUAUGAAUAUCUGGAGUGGCAGACAAGCAGGGCAUGCUCCCAAUGCAAAGGACCUGGCAGGAUUUGAAUUGUGUCUGGCCACCUUCGAAGAUGCAGCCGAUACGUGGAACGUAGCUGGUCGUUCACUCAAUAUUUUCAAGGCCAUAGCUUCAGUGAAGAGCGCAAAGGUGCCAGAUGACUCUACCGUUCCCCCAACACACCGUCAAGAAACGGCUACUCUCUCUCCAACUGCUCCUCCGCGGGGUCCGUACGACACUGUGCCACGCACUACUCUUCUUCAAGGAGUUCAACCCUUUGUUGAGCAAAUGUACUCUGGCGAUUACAUGGCAACCCAACUCGGCACUGGUAUUCCCUUAGGCUGGACAAAUGGAGCGUAUCCUGCGUUUCAAAGUUCUCCCCAACCGCCAUUUCUCAGUAUGGAUUCGGAGUUAUCGGGAGGGCUGGGGAACAACGCCAUCAAUAUGUGGAACGCCGCACCUCUUGGUUUCGGUUUCUCUGAGUGGGACGCGUAUGUUUCCAACAUGACGCCCGGAACUAAUGGACAACCUUGACAAGUCUUAUAGCUGAAGGUCACUCGCGUUUUACCGUAUUUCUCAUUAUCAAUGCAGGUGUAUGUACUAAUGCGACUGUAUUAUAGUUCUCUUUGUGUAGCACCGGGAUGAUAGAAUCUUUUUGUCGACUUAAACAAGGAUGUAGAACUGAAGCCCGCUCAGUUAUUGCCACCGGUGGCUGUGUAAUGCAUCUGAAACUCUGUUCAAACCUCGACGUUACAGGCCCUGACGACCGUUAAUCCUUCAUAUUUGGUGCAUUAUUCCCCACCUUUAUAGCCUUAUAAAUGAACAACACCGCCUACGAG